AUGGACUCGGUGAAGAAAGCGAAUUUAAGAAUACGGAAUUAUCCCAUUCUGCUGGGUAAGUGUUCAGUUGCAGCUGCUGCUUAUGCUACUUGCGUUACAACGGAUCUGAAUGUGUCGCACAAGAUGUGCGAGCAGGAGUUCCAACUUUUUAAACAGUGUUUACAGAAAGCAGCUAGUGAUAUGAAAACAAGACUUUGA